AUGGAUGGAAUUUUGACGUUUUUUCCUACUGAAGUUGACUUUGGAGUGAAGCCAACUUCAGAGCGACCUUUUCAUAAAGAGAUACUUUUUACAAAUAGCUACACAAAGACAGUUUCAGUAAUUUUUCAAGGAACAAACGAUGAAAUCUUUUUUAUUAAAAGUAAUCAACAAUUAGAAAGGCAAAGAUCUACACAUUUCGAUAUAUUUUCACAAGUCCCUCACAUAACAAACUUCAUUAUCCCUCCAAAAACUUCAAAAGCUUUAGCAAUUGUCAUGCAUAUGGGAUCUAAAGGCAAAAACGCCCAAGAAAUCUCAGGAAACAUCAAAAUGAAUUGUUAUCUUAUUGAUACAGCCACUACUUCCGAUGAUGAAUACGCAGAAUUCGAUCCUGACGAAGAAGACGCUCCUUGGAGGACAUUUGAGUUACCAUACAAGGCAAAAAUUAUCGAACCAACCAUAGAAAUCAUACCACAUACGAUCUUUUUAGAUGAAUGUUGCAAAGAUCAGCCUACAACUACAAGAUUUUCAAUUAAGAACACUAGCCCAUUAGAUCUUACAAUACUAACUUAUCCGCAGAACUGGAUACGUUUAAUUAGCUCCAAAAACACUAAAUGUUUUAAUCUUUCCUCAGACGAAGUUGCUCAGUUCGAAGUAACUUAUCUCCCGCAAAAUACAGGUCAGUUCGAUCAUCGGAUCGAAUUUGCAUUAGGAGGAGUCAUUUCCAAACCUUAUAAUUUCAGAAUUUUAUCAUCAGUCUCUCCAGCUAAAAUCCCCGCAGAUUUUCCACAAUUUACACCUAGAUUAGUCGAUUACGGUGAUAUGAGGACUAAUGACUCUAAAGAAGUUGUUAUUCAAAUCACAAAUCCAUCACAGCUUGAUUACACUUGCCAAAUCGGCUCAUUCAGUGAGAGCUUCAAACGCGAGCCAUUGCUGUUCAAGACAGCCCUCAGAUCUCAGUUGGAAAGGCAAACAACCGUUGUAUUAAAUUCUCAAUCAACAAGAACUAUUUAUGUACACUAUACUCCAACGUAUAAUGAAAAUGCAUCACCAGGAACCUUCGAAAAACGAGCUUUCGUCGUUACUUUGACUUACAAAUUAUCAAAUAACGGAUCUGUUUUUUACAGAAGGAUUCCAGUCACUGCAAACAUCUGCCAUUCCUUUAUACAUGUUCCCAACACCGUGGUGAACUUCGGAGAUAUUCCUGUAUUGAGAGAACCGAGACAUUCUUCAAUUCGUGUCCAAAACAUAUCACCGAUGCCAACUUCGAUAUCGGUUAUAUCGACCAGCCGAUGGAUAGCCUUGUCCCAGUCAAAAUUUGAAUUACAACCGUUACAAACAAUAGAUUACAAUUUUUCUUUUUAUCCUUAUAAGGUUAGCCCUGAUUUCGGAUGCGCGAUCAAGUUUACCAAUGAUAGCAACUCUCUCAACGAAGUUUCAGUGACAAUUUCCGCUGCAGUUUUAUGUGAUAAUGAUGAAGUCACUCAUUCGAACUAUUAUUCACUUAUAAGUGAUGGCAAGGCCAUACAUUCACUUGAUUUCAACUUCGUGUCCGCAAAUUUCCCUGCAAUUAAAUCAUUGACGAUUAAAAACACUUCUAAAGAAGUUAUUAAGAUGUCAAUCAAAUCAUCAACACCGCAAUUGCAGCUUUAUGAGGAAAUUUUCGAUCCAAAUGACUUAAUUCACUCUACAUCGACAUCAUCAAUUUCUUCAAUGCAAAUUGAGCAGCCACCAGAGAUGUCAAUACAAGGAGUGAACUCAAUAAAGCAAUUGUCGAUGACGAUGAACCAAAACAGCAGCUUUUUCAACAAUAUGUACCUUUAUGGAACGGAAAAGUCCGACGCUGACAUCUGUUUGUUCUACGAGAGACAAUUAGAGGCAUUUUCAGACCUUAAAGAGAAGUCUCUGAAAGGAAUUUUGGAAUCAGAAAUCGAAAUUACUCCAGGAAACAGAAUUAACCUUUGGGCAGUCCUUAUUCCUGAACCAUCUGAACAAUGCAUGCAUUGGACCCACCAACGAUGCUAUUUCGAGUUCGAUUUGUUAUCCGUAAAAUCAAGACCGCCUCCACACACUGUUUACGUUAGAUACAACAUCAGCACCUCACAGACCUUCUUAACAUCCCAUCAUUUGAACUACGGGAACCUUGUUCGUAAGACAAUUAAAGAGAAUCAGAUUUAUUUACUAAAUGAAUCCGCAAUUCCUCUUUUAUACAAAUUGGAAACUCAACCAGACUCCUAUGUCUCCAUCCUCAAAGGCCAGCGAGGCAUAGUUCCGCCUCUAGACUCCAGAUCAAUUCCAAUUAGAUUCGAAACUCCUGUUGAAGGUAACGUAAACGAUAUCGUUAUCGUCCGAAAUAUUCUUAAUCCAUUAGAUGUCCAAGAGAUCCAUUUCAAAGCAUGUGUUGAGAGAAGAGCCGGUUUCUUUGUUGAUCCAUUAGAAAUAGAUUUCGGAGAAGUCACUUUUGGAUCAUCUGCCACUGUUUCUAUCUAUAUAAAGAACAUCAGGGAAGAAGAGUCAGAGUACACGUUCAGCCAUUACCAUAGGGACAAUCAGAUCAUGAAACCAAUGAUCAGUUUCCAGUACAAAAACCUUUCUGAAUCACAUCUUUCCGCAGCUGUUGAACUACAAAUCGAAAAACAGCACAGAAAAUUACUUUGUCUCAAAAGAAAGAAAAAGAUGCAAUACGCGGAAAAAAUCCAAAAAAUCAUUGAUAACUUGAAAAAGAAAUCACUUCCAACGGAGAAUUCGAUGAAGAGAUCAACAGCAAAGUCAAUAGAUCGAUACCAACUGCAAUCCGCAAGUUUGCAAACACAUUGUAUCGAUAUACAGUUCAUUCCUGUCUUGAAAACUAAAAAACAAAUUCAAGACAAUUACGUAAUUGAAGGAACGAUAACUGUUUCAGAGGAUAACCGUCAGAACACAUCAAAAGACAUCAGAUACAAAGCCAUUGUCAAACCACAGAGACAAACACAUUCAUUGCUGGAUGAAAGUGGAGAUAGAACAAUUUGUUUGACACCAAAUCAUUUGGAUUAUGGAACAGUAACAGUUCAAACCGUUUACUCCAAAAACAUCGAGAUAAAGAACUUGAGCACUAACAAUUCCACGAGAUUUUGGAUAUCUAGUGAUACUUCAGACGAUGCAAUUCUUUCUUUCGGAGUGAAUGAAGGCCAAUUAAAUCCAAAUGAAUCAAUAAAUGUACCUGUUGAAUUGAUUUGUUUGACAACAGGAAACAAGGAAAAAUUGAUAACAAUAACUACUCCUACUUCUUCCGUUUGUUGUCAUAUCAAAUUGGAAGCUGUUUAUCAACCUCUUCUUUCAUUCCCAACAUUGCCUGUUACAAAACAAAUUGAUUUCGGAGCAAUCCCGUUGACAAGUUGUUUAACUGUUGAAGAAAGACAAAGUUUCGAUAUUGUCAACACUUCUAAUUCAAUCCUCUAUUUGGUUGUGACAAAUAAAUGUCAACAACACGUAACAAUUUACGAACACGAUCCAAGUUUUCCAAUCGUAAAUUACUUGACAAUAAAUCCAACUCAAACUUUGAAUAUAAACAUAAGAUUGAGGCCGGAACUGGAUAUCGAUUCCUACAGAAGAUAUUCAACAUUCACUUUGAUAGAUUCCAUUAAAAUCUCCGUAUAUUACGAUCCAGAUGAUGCUUACAAUGGUUUCGUACAUCAAAGUGAAGAUAUAAGUGGAUCAGUCUUCCAAACAGAAAUUCCUGUAACCGCUUUAAUCGGAAGAGUCGGUUUGACGAUAAACGAAAAAACCGUCGAUUUCGGAUGUUGCAAGAGGAACACUAUAUUGAGUCAUAAAUUGUUAUUGAAGAACAAAGCAAGCCAUAUUCCUCUUGAAGUCAUUACGACAUGCGGACAAAGUCUUUCAACAACAUUUAAUUCAUUCAGUUUAGUUGGAUCGAAAGAAUCAAAGGAACCGAAAGAAAUUGAGUUCAAUUUCAAACCGACUGUUGAAGGUGUUAAUACAGGAAAGAUAACAUUUGCAAUUAACAAUGUUAGUUUGCAAUACGAUGUUGAUGUUUUCGCAUUCAUUGAUCCUAAUUCCAUCGAAAUAAAUCUUCCAAGAAACGAAUUAGGUUAUUAUGUUUAUGAUUGCGGUGAAAUCUUUUUAGAUCAAAAUAAGGCUAUUUCUAAACGUGUCAGUUUCACAGCGAAAAACAUCUCUAACAUGGCAAUAGGAGGUGUUAUUCCUGAACUAGAAAAGAACUUCAUGUUGAGACCUGGCCAAUCUACAGAGAUUUCUUUCGAUUGUCCUUUCUCUAACAAUCAUAAUCAACAAAACAACGACCAAACAUUUUCCCAGAUUUUGCAGUUUUGCGGCAGAAUAACGAAAACUGUUCAACAAGUUGUUUAUGUUGUUGGAAAGUAUGUAACAUCUGUUGCAACUGUUUCUCCAAUUGUUGAUUUGGGAAUUAUAGUUACAAGCAAAUUGGAAAAAUCGUUUAUGAAUUUCCAAGUGAUAAAUACAACUUACGGAGAUUUAUUCUUGGAUUUAACGAAGGGAUGUCCUUAUUUCGAUCUUCCUUCUUCUAUUGGCCCUGUUCCUAAGUUCAAAGAGGUGUCAAUCGUUGCGAAAGCAAAUGAAAACGCUUUCCAAAACGAUAUAGAAUCAGGACACAAGAAUUUCACUGUUCAAUAUGUUAAUAGGAAUAACAGUGCGAAUAUCUGCAACAUCAAUGUGACUAUGAAUGUCUUGAAGUCAUUCAUCACUGCUGAUUGCGGAAAUACACUGGAAUUCAACACUUUCAAGGAAGUUGUUGUCGAAGGAAACACAAUUAGAACUGUUUCUUUGUUCAUGACAAUAACAAAUUGCUUGGAAGAAGAAACAUCUGCAACAGUGAAAGUUGUUGAGUGCCAACAAGAAGAAGCAAAGGUUGAAGUACUCAGGAGAUCGUCUGAAAGCAGAUUGGAGUCUGCUUCGAUGCAGGGAGGAGAAGUAAUUGAAUUGAGAGUCAAAGUAACUCUUGCAGAAGGAUUAUCUUCACUUUCUUCAAACGGAAAAACAAAAGUUGCUGAAAUUUUGUUUGAAAAUGAGUUCUAUCCUGGUCAUUCUGUUGAGGUUUUCUACAAUCCAACACAGUCAGUACAGCAGCAAUUGCAACCACAAUCUCAACCACAAUAA